AGCUCGAUCCAACCCCCAUAUUGCCUACGACCAUCACCACCUGCCUGCCUGUCCCAGCUCUGCCGCCUAGCGCUCCCUGUCCUACAGCCCAGGUGUGGAUUCAUCCUUCGGUGCUUCUGCUUCAUCAGCUCUGUGUCACUGUCGCUGUCACUGCUGCCGCUUCUGCUGCUGCCGCUGACCAUGUGUGAGUGUCUACGUGGAAUAUUCAGAGUUACCUGGACACCUUCCUCCAAUGCAGACUCUGAGAGAGAAGAGGACAGCCAUGUCUUCAGUCAGACCAGAGAUUCUGCAGUAAAAGACAAGUGGCGGUCGCCCCCUUCUAAUAGAUUCCCCACCUGCCCACAACGCAACCCUCACCACAGCAGCUCCGCAGGUGAACAGGAGAGCCCCGAGAGACUGGUGCAGAGGGAGAAGCUUCAUGCUGAGCUGAAACAGGUGUUGAGUCAGAAGAGAAGUCACCUGAGAGAGUUGUCCUGCCAACUGGCCCAACCAGAGAUGGACUCCAAUCCCACAGAGGAACAGACAAGUGCAGACGAAGCCACCAAGUCCAUGGAAAUCGUGGUGGAAACGGAGGCAGAGGCUGGAGCCAGCGGCUACAGUGUGACUGGUGGAGGAGAGAGAGGGAUCUUUGUUAAAGAUGUCCUCAAAGAUUCUCCUGCUGCCAAACAUCUCAGUCUCCAGCAAGGAGACCAGCUGCUGAGUGCAAAGGUCUACUUCGACAAUGUGAGGUAUGAAGAUGCUCUGAAGAUCCUGCAGUGUGCGGAGCCAUAUAAAGUCAGCUUCCUACUGAAGAGGACCAUCCCCAAUUCAGAGGUCAAUGUGCGACCUCGAGUUCCCAGUGUGGAGGUCAAAGGUCCCAAAGCCAAGGUGGCCAAAAUGAGUGUAAAGGGAACCAAGCCAUUCAAAGCCAAGAAGAAAAGAGGUGGACGUUUUGGUCUGAAGAGGCUGAAAGAGAAGCACAAGGAGGAGGUGGUGAUAGAGGGAUCUCCUCCCAGGCUGGAGAAGAGUGAUGUGGAUGUGGAGUUCUCUCUCCCCAAAUUCAAACAGAGGAGGAAUGUAAAGACUGACGCAGAAGGAGAAGUAGGAGAAGCAGCCAUGGGAAAGGCAAAGGGGAAGAUCAGGUUUCCCCAAAUGAAAGCAAAAGGAGGAAAAGUGGAAACAGGACAACUUGAGGGACAGAUGAAUAUUUCUCCAACUGAGAUAAAUGGAGCAAAAGUGAAAACUAAAGAAAAGGGACACAAGUUUGGAAUCACCUAUCCGAAGGCAAAACACACAAAGUCAGGCUCAGCUUUGGAAACUGGAUCUAUGGAGCUGAGGUCACCAGGAGUGAACAUUCAGCCACCAUCUGCAGAGUUUAGAUUGUCUGGUAAUAAAGGCAUGGAUGUGGAGGAAGGGGGGAUUAAGUUAAAUGCCCCUGAUUUACAGUUCCCUUCAGCUGAAGUAUCUUUGCCUGUUGGAAAGGGAAAGGCACAAAUUAAAGCUCCUAAAAUUGACAUCAAAGGAGGAGGUGAUGCAGGUGCGGAAAAAGAAGAUAUAGAUAUGGGCAAAGGAGAUGCAAAGCUCAGAAUGGCGAAAUUGAAAUUACCCAAGGUCAGACUCUCACAUCAUUCUGACGAAAUAGAUGCUAACAUCAAGGUAAAAGCUGAAGGAGUGAAAAUGCCCAGCGUUGAUAUAACACCUCCAAAAGUAGAAAUCAAAGGAGGGAAGAAGACCACUCUCCCUGCAGCUAAUAUCACAAAACCAAAAGUGGAGGGUAAUCUUUCAGUACAUGCUGCAUCUUUUGUAAUACCUUCAGUGAAAGGAAAGUCUGACAUCGACGUCUCGCUCCCAGAGUAUAAAGGAGCUGGGAAGGCCACAAUCCAAAAGCCUACAAUUGACAUCUCAAUGGCUGAAGUUAAUUUGAAAAUGGACACUGGGCAAAGACUGCCUGAUGAGGUGGAGGGCACUCUCAAAGGGCCAAAAAUUCCCAUGCCAAAGGUUGACGUCUCUGUACCCAAGAUGGGAUCACCAGAUGUGACUAUUGAAUGUCCAGAGGGUGGAGGGAAGUUCAAUUUACCUGUUGACAUCUCACUCCCACAGGUGAAAGCAGAGGGUGGAGAUGUCGACAUGGAUUAUUAUAUUGGUGGUGACGGGAAGUUCAAAAUGCCAAAUUUUGACAUAUCUAUCCCAAAGAUGAAGCCAGCAGAAAGAGACAUAAAAAUAGAAGAGAUGAAGGGAGGCAUCAAGUUGCCCAAAACUGAUACUAAAGGGGAAGGAAAAUUUAAAUUACCAUCAUUUGACAUAUCUGUCCCUAAAACAGGGGAGACGGAUGUCAACAUUGUGGGUCCUGAUGUGAAAGGACACAAAUAUGAAAUCACAUCUGACAUUUCUCUGCCGAAAUGCCAAUUUGAGGGAGAAUUUGAAGUAGAAGGGCAUGCUGGGAAAGGAGAGGGCCCCAUGUAUGAGGGUGGAGGUGAGAUCCAGAUGCCAUCUGUGGAUUUAUCUUUGCCAAAAGUGAAGAUGGAGAGUGACAUUGACACUGAGGGUCCAUCUGUAAAAGGAGGGAAGUUGAAAAUGCCCUCACUAGAUGUCCAACUACCAAAGAUUGGGACAUCUGAAGGAAAAGGGGGGAAAUUCAAGGGUGAUGUAAAUUUUGAAGGUUCUGAAGGCAUAGGGGGCAAGAUAAAAGUGCCACAAUUUGAUAUUUCAAUGCCAAAGGUGAAUUUUCCUGAGAGUGAUUUAAAUUUUAAAGGGCCAGACAUCCAAAGCAAAACAAUUGAGAUGCCAGAUAGUGAUAUCUCUCUCCCCACAAUGAAAACAGGGGGGGGCAAUGUUGAUAUUGAAGAACCUGAACUUAAAGGUGACAUUACACUACCCAAAGGAAAAUUAAAGUUCGACCUUGAUAUCAAGGACCCUGAGGGAAAAGGGGGAAAAAUUGAAAUGCCACAAUUGGAUGCAUCAUUGCCAAAAAUGAGUCUCCCAGAGGGUGAUAUCAAAAUUAAAGGCCCUGACAUCAAGGGACAGAAGAUUGAGAUGCCAGACAUUGAUAUUUCACUCCCAAAAAGUAAAGGAAAUAUUGAAAUUGAAGAACAUCAUAUUAAAGGAGGCAAGUUCCAUAUGCCUUCUGUUGACAUAGCUCUUCCUAAAAUGAAACCUAAAGGACCAAAUGUUGAUAUAGAAGGUCCUGGACUCAAAGGGGGAAACAUCAACAUGCCAGACAUUGACCUUUCACUUCCCAAGGGAAAGGCAGAUGUUGACCUCAGUAUUGAAGGUCCUGGGUUAAAAGGAGGAACGUUAAAAAUGCCCAAAUUUGAUGUUUCACUUCCAAAGAUGAACCUGCCAGAGGACACUGUAAAAUUGGAAGGACCUGAUGUUAAAGGAAAGCUGGAAAUGCAGAGUAUUGAUGUUUCACUUCCUAAAGGAAAAGUAAAGGUAGAUGUAGAUAUUGAGGGUCAUGGUGACAAAGGAGGAAGGUUCCACAUGCCCUCAGUUAAUAUCGCUCUCCCCACCAUAAAAACAAAGGGGGGCAAUGUUGAUAUUGGAGGACCUGAACUAAAAGGUGACAUUUCACUGCCAGAGGGAAAUGUUGAGGGUGAGAUAAAUGUUGAAGGCCCUGAGGUAAAAGGGGGCAAAUUUAAAAGGCCGGCAUUGCCAAAAGUAAGUUUGCCAGAGGGUGAUAUUAAAAUGGAAGGCCCAGACAUCAAAGCAAAGAGGAUUGAGAUGCCAGACAUUGAUAUUUUACCACCAUCCAAGUCAAUUAAGUUAAAAGGUGCGGACAUUGAGAAAAAAGUUGCAGAAGCUCCAGAUGCAUCCCUUAAACUUCCCUCCAUUAAAGUACCAACAGUUGACAUCACAGCUCCGAAGGUGAAUUUAGAAUUAGCACUCACAAAACCUAAAGGCGAUGAUGUGGAGGUUGAACUUCUCAAAGCAGGAGGAGCUAGGCCUUCUUCCAUGGGCAGCUUUGAUUUACCGGACGUCUCUCUGAAAAUGCCUAGUUUUACAUUUCCCAGAAUUGGUGGAAAGUCCAAGACUGGUGACUUCAAAUUAUCAGGACAGUGCCCCAAGGGAGACGUUUCCCUCAGCCCUCCACAUGGAGAAGGAGAGGUAAGAACUCCAUUGGUAGAGUUAGAUGGGGGCGGAAAGAUCAAACUGAAAAAACCUAAAAUCAAAAUGCCCUCUUUUGGAAUAAAAUCUCUUCCAAAAGGAAAGAUCGAAGGUCCAGAGGUGGAGCUCAAAGGGGAGGGUGGAAAAUUUAAGAUGCCCGAUCUCAACAUGCCCUCUGUUGAUAUUUCUCUUUCAAAAGGAAAGGUUGAAGGUCCAGAAUUUGACAUUCCUCAAAUAAAAACUCCCGAUGUUGAUAUCACUCUACCUAAAGGAAAGAUCGAAGGUCCAGAGGUGGAGCUCAAGGGCGAGGGUGGAAAAUUUAAGAUGCCCCAUCUCAGCAUGCCCUCUGUUGAUGUUUCUCUUCCAAAAGGGAAAGGGAAGAUUGAAGGUCCAGAAGUCGAACUAGAAAGAGGUAAUAUUGAUGUCUCUCUGCCCAAAGGAAAGAUUGAAUGUCCAGAGGUGGAGCUCAAAGGAGAGGGUCCAGAUGUUGAACUGGAAGGAGGCACUGGAGGAAAAUUCAAAAUGCCUCACAUGAAAAUGCCAAAUUUUGACAUCUCUUUGCCCAAAGGGAAGAUUGAAGGUCCAGAAUUUGACAUGCCUCACAUAAAAACUCCUGAUGUUGAUAUCACUCUGCCUAAAGGAAAGAUUGAAGGUCCAGAGGUUGAACUGGAGGGAGGAACUGGAGGAAAAUUCAAAAUGCCUCAUGUGAAAAUGCCAAAUGUGGACUUGUCUUUGCCCAAAGGAAAACUUGAAGGAAAAUUCAAAAUGCCUCAUGUGAAAAUGCCAAAUGUGGACUUGUCAUUGCCCAAAGGAAAACUUGAAGGUCCAGAAGUCGAACUGGAAGGAGGUACUGGAGGAAAAUUCAAAAUGCCUCACAUGAAAAUGCCAGAUAUUGAUGUUUCUCUGCCCAAAGGAAAGAUUGAAGGUCCAGAAGUCGAGGAGGAACUGGAGGGAGGUACUGGAGGAAAAUUCAAAAUGCCUCAUGUGAAAAUGCCAGAUAUUGAUGUCUCUCUGCCCAAAGGAAAGAUUGAAGGUCCUGAGGUGGAGCUCAAAGGGGAAGGUGGAAAAUUUAAGAUGCCCCAUCUCAGCAUGCCCUCUGUUGAUAUUUCCCUUCCAACGGGAAAGGGGAAGAUUGAAGGUCCAGAGGUUGAACUGGAAGGAGGUACUGGAGGAAAAUUCAAAAUGCCUCACAUGAAAAUGCCAAAUAUUGACAUCUCUUUGCCCAAAGGGAAGAUUGAAGGUCCAGAAUUUGACAUGCCUCACAUAAAAACUCCUGAUGUUGAUAUCACUCUGCCUAAAGGAAAGAUUGAAGGUCCAGAGGUCGAACUGGAGGGAGGAACUGGAGGAAAAUUCAAAAUGCCUCACAUGAAAAUGCCAAAUGUUGACUUGUCUUUGCCCAAAGGAAAACUUGAAGGUCCAGAUGUCGAACUGAAAGGAGGUACUGGAGGAAAAUUCAAAAUGCCUCACAUGAAAAUGCCAGAUAUUGAUGUUUCUCUGCCGAAAGGAAAGAUUGAAGGUCCAGAAGUCGAACUGGAAGGAGGAACUGGAGGAAAAUUCAAAAUGCCUCACAUGAAAAUGCCAAAUAUUGACAUCUCUUUGCCCAAAGGGAAGAUUGAAGGUCCAGAAUUUGACAUGCCUCACAUAAAAACUCCUGAUGUUGAUAUCACUCUGCCUAAAGGAAAGAUUGAAGGUCCAGAGGUCGAACUGGAGGGAGGAACUGGAGGAAAAUUCAAAAUGCCUCAGAUGAAAAUGCCAAAUGUGGACUUCUCUUUGCCCAAAGGAAAAAUUGAAGGUCCAGAAGUCGAGCUGGAAGGAGGAACUGGAGGAAAAUUCAAAAUGCCUCAUGUGAAAAUGCCAGAUAUUGAUGUCACUCUGCCCAAAGGAAAGAUUGAAGGUCCUGAGGUGGAGCUCAAAGGGGAAGGUGGAAAAUUUAAGAUGCCCCAUCUCAGCAUGCCCUCUUUUGAUAUUUCUCUUCCAAAGGGAAAGGGGAAGAUUGAGGGUCCAGAGGAUGGACUGGAAGGAGGUACUGGAGGAAAAUUCAAAAUGCCUCACAUGAAAAUGCCACAUUUUGACAUCUCUUUGCCCAAAGGAAAGAUUGAAGGUCCAGAAUUUGACAUGCCUCACAUAAAAACUCCUGAUGUUGAUAUCACUCUGCCUAAAGGAAAGAUUGAAGGUCCAGAGGUCGAACUGGAGGGAGGAACUGGAGGAAAAUUCAAAAUGCCUCACAUGAAAAUGCCAAAUGUGGACUUCUCUUUGCCCAAAGGAAAAAUUGAAGGUCCAGAAGUCGAACUAGAAGGAGGAACUGGAGGAAAAUUCAAAAUGCCUCAAGUGAAAAUGCCAGAUAUUGAUGUCACUCUGCCCAAAGGAAAGAUUGAAGGUCCUGAGGUGGAGCUCAAAGGGGAAGGUGGAAAAUUUAAGAUGCCCCAUCUCAGCAUGCCCUCUGUUGAUAUUUCUCUUCCAAAGGGAAAGGGGAAGAUUGAAGGUCCAGAUGUUGAACUGGAAGGAGGUACUGGAGGAAAAUUCAAAAUGCCUCACAUGAAAAUGCCAAAUAUUGACAUCUCUUUGCCCAAAGGAAAGAUUGAAGGUCCAGAAUUUGACAUGCCUCAUAUAAAAACUCCCAAUGUUGAUAUCACUCUACCUAAAGGAAAGAUUGAAGGUCCAGAGGUUGAACUGGAUGGAGGAACUGGAGGAAAAUUCAAAAUGCCUCACAUGAAAAUGCCAAAUGUGGACUUCUCUUUGCCCAAAGGAAAAAUUGAAGGUCCAGAUGUCGAACUAGAAGGAGGAACUGGAGGAAAAUUCAAAAUGCCUAAUGUGAAAAUGCCAGAUAUUGAUGUCACUCUGCCCAAAGGAAAGAUUGAAGGUCCUGAGGUAGAGCUCAAAGGGGAAGGUGGAAAAUUUAAGAUGCCCCAUCUCAGCAUGCCCUCUGUUGAUUUUUCUCUUCCAAAGGGAAAGGGGAAGAUUGAAGGUCCAGAGGUUGGACUGGAAGGAGGUACUGGAGGAAAAUUCAAAAUGCCUCACAUGAAAAUGCCAAAUAUAGACAUCUCUUUGCCCAAAGGAAAGAUUGAAGGUCCAGAAUUUGACAUGCCUCAUAUAAAAACUCCCAAUGUUGACAUCACUCUGCCUAAAGGAAAGAUUGAAGGUCCAGAGGUUGAACUGGAGGGAGGAACUGGAGGAAAAUUCAAAAUGCCUCACAUGAAAAUGCCAAAUGUGGACUUCUCUUUGCCCAAAGGAAAAAUUGAAGGUCCAGAUGUCGAACUAGAAGGAGGAACUGGAGGAAAAUUCAAAAUGCCUAAUGUGAAAAUGCCAGAUAUUGAUGUCACUCUGCCCAAAGGAAAGAUUGAAGGUCCUGAGGUGGAGCUCAAAGGGGAAGGUGGAAAAUUUAAGAUGCCCCAUCUCAGCAUGCCCUCUGUUGACAUUUCUCUUCCAAAGGAAAAGGAAGAUCAAGGCCCAGAGGGACUGGAAGGAGGGAAUAUUGAUGUCCACUCACCAAAGGAAAAGAUUGAAGGUCCUGAGUGGAGCUCAAAGGGAAGGGGAAAGGGAAGAUUGAGAAGGUCAGAUGUUGAACUGGAAGGAGGUACUGGAGGAAAAUUCAAAAUGCCUCACAUGAAAAUGCCAAAUAUUGACAUCUCUUUGCCCAAAGGGAAGAUUGAAGGUCCAGAAUUUGACAUGCCUCACAUAAAAACUCCUGAUGUUGAUAUCACUCUGCCUAAAGGAAAGAUUGAAGGUCCAGAGGUCGAACUGGAGGGAGGAACUGGAGGAAAAUUCAAAAUGCCUCAGAUGAAAAUGCCAAAUGUGGACUUCUCUUUGCCCAAAGGAAAAAUUGAAGGUCCAGAAGUCGAGCUGGAAGGAGGAACUGGAGGAAAAUUCAAAAUGCCUCAUGUGAAAAUGCCAGAUCUCAGCAUGCCCUCUGUUGAUAUUUCUCUUCCAAAGGGAAAGGGGAAGAUUGAGGGUCCAGAGGAUGGACUGGAAGGAGGUACUGGAGGAAAAUUCAAAAUGCCUCACAUGAAAAUGCCACAUUUUGACAUCUCUUUGCCCAAAGGAAAGAUUGAAGGUCCAGAAUUUGACAUGCCUCACAUAAAAACUCCUGAUGUUGAUAUCACUCUGCCUAAAGGAAAGAUUGAAGGAAAGGUGAAGAUUGACAUCUCUUUGCCCAAAGGAAAGAUUGAAGUUCCAGAAUUUGACAUGCCUCAUAUAAAAACUCCCAAUGUUGAUAUCACUCUGCCUAAAGGGAAAAUUGAAGGUCCGGAAGUCGAACUGGAAGGAGGUACUGGAGGAAAAUUCAAAAUGCCUCACAUGAAAAUGCCAGAUAUAGAUGUCUCUUUGCCCAAAGGAAAGAUUGAAGGUCCUGAGGUGGAGCUCAAAGGGGAAAGUGGAAAAUUUAAGAUGCCCCAUCUCAGCAUGCCCUCUGUUGAUUUUUCUCUUCCAAAGGGAAAGGGGAAGAUUGAAGGUCCAGAAGUCGAACUGGAAGGAGGGAGUGGAGCAAAUUUCAAAAUGCCUCACAUGAAAAUGACAGAUAUUGAUGUUUCUCUGCCCAAAGGAAAGAUUGAAGGUCCUGAGGUGGAGCUCAAAGGGGAAGGUGGAAAAUUCAAGAUGCCCCAUCUCAGCAUGCCCUCUGUUGACAUUUCUCUUCCAAAGGGAAAGGGGAAGAUUGAAGGUCCAUAUGUUGAACUGGAAGGAGGUUCUGGAGGAAAAUUCAAAAUGCCUCACAUGAAAAUGCCAAAUAUUGACAUCUCUUUGCCCAAAGGAAAGAUUGAAGGUCCAGAAUUUGACAUGCCUCAUAUAAAAACUCCCAAUGUUGAUAUCACUCUGCCUAAAGGAAAGAUUGAAGGUCCAGAGGUUGAACUGGAGGGAGGAACUGGAGGAAAAUUCAAAAUGCCUCACAUGAAAAUGCCAAAUGUGGACUUCUCUUUGCCCAAAGGAAAAAUUGAAGGUCCAGAUGUCGAACUAGAAGGAGGAACUGGAGGAAAAUUCAAAAUGCCUAAUGUGAAAAUGCCAGAUAUUGAUGUCACUCUGCCCAAAGGAAAGAUUGAAGGUCCUGAGGUGGAGCUCAAAGGGGAAGGUGGAAAAUUUAAGAUGCCCCAUCUCAGCAUGCCCUCUGUUGAUAUUUCUCUUCCAAAGGGAAAGGGGAAGAUUGAAGGUCCAGAGGUUGAACUGGAAGGAGGUACUGGAGGAAAAUUCAAAAUGCCUCACAUGAAAAUGCCAAAUAUUGACAUCUCUUUGCCCAAAGGAAAGAUUGAAGGUCCAGAAUUUGACAUGCCUCAUAUAAAAACUCCCAAUGUUGAUAUCACUCUACCUAAAGGAAAGAUUGAAGGUCCAGAGGUUGAACUGGAGGGAGGAACUGGAGGAAAAUUCAAAAUGCCUCACAUGAAAAUGCCAAAUGUGGACUUCUCUUUGCCCAAAGAAAAUUGAAGGUCCAGAAGUUUGAACGAAGGAGGAACUGGAGGAAAAUUCAAAAUGCCUCAUGUGAAAAUGCCAGAUAUUGAUGUCUCUUUGCCCAAAGGAAAGAUUGAAGGUCCAGAGGUGGAGCUCAAAGGGGAAGGUGGAAAAUUUAAGAUGCCCCAUCUCAGCAUGCCCUCUGUUGAUAUUUCUCUUCCAAAGGGAAAGGGGAAGAUUGAAGAUCCAGAGGUUGAACUGGAAGGAGGUACUGGAGGAAAAUUCAAAAUGCCUCACAUGAAAAUGCCAAAUAUUGACAUCUCUUUGCCCAAAGGAAAGAUUGAAGUUCCAGAAUUUGACAUGCCUCAUAUAAAAACUCCCAAUGUUGAUAUCACUCUGCCUAAAGGGAAAAUUGAAGGUCCGGAAGUCGAACUGGAAGGAGGUACUGGAGGAAAAUUCAAAAUGCCUCACAUGAAAAUGCCAGAUAUUGAUGUCUCUUUGCCCAAAGGAAAGAUUAAAGGUCCUGAGGUGGAGCUCAAAGGGGAAAGUGGAAAAUUUAAGAUGCCCCAUCUCAGCAUGCCCUCUGUUGAUUUUUCUCUUCCAAAGGGAAAGGGGAAGAUUGAAGCUCCAGAAGUCGAACUGGAAGGAGGGAGUGGAGGAAAUUUCAAAAUGCCUCACAUGAAAAUGCCAGAUAUUGAUGUUUCUCUGCCCAAAGGAAAGAUUGAAGGUCCUGAGGUGGAGCUCAAAGGGGAAGGUGGAAAAUUCAAGAUGCCCCAUCUCAGCAUGCCCUCUGUUGACAUUUCUCUUCCAAAGGAAAGGGGAAGAUUGAAAGUCCAUAUGAAAGAAAUUGAAGGUCAAGUCGAACUGGAAGGAGGUACUGGAGGAAAAUUCAAAAUGCCUCAUGUGAAAAUGCCAGAUAUUGAUGUCUCUCUGCCCAAAGGAAAGAUUGAAGGUCCUGAGGUGGAGCUCAAAGGGGAAGGUGGAAAAUUUAAGAUGCCCCAUCUCAGCAUGCCCUCUGUUGAUUUUUCUCUUCCAAAGGGAAAGGGGAAGAUUGAAGGUCCAGAUGUUGAACUGGAAGGAGGAACUGGAGGAAAAUUCAAAAUGCCUCACAUGAAAAUGCCAAAUAUUGACAUCUCUUUGCCCAAAGGGAAGAUUGAAGGUCCAGAAUUUGACAUGCCUCACAUAAAAACUCCUGAUGUUGAUAUCACUCUGCCUAAAGGAAAGAUUGAAGGUCCAGAGGUCGAACUGGAGGGAGGAACUGGAGGAAAAUUCAAAAUGCCUCAGAUGAAAAUGCCAAAUGUGGACUUCUCUUUGCCCAAAGGAAAAAUUGAAGGUCCAGAAGUCGAUCUGGAAGGAGGAACUGGAGGAAAAUUCAAAAUGCCUCAUGUGAAAAUGCCAGAUAUUGAUGUCACUCUGCCCAAAGGAAAGAUUGAAGGUCCUGAGGUGGAGCUCAAAGGGGAAGGUGGAAAAUUUAAGAUGCCCCAUCUCAGCAUGCCCUCUUUUGAUAUUUCUCUUCCAAAGGGAAAGGGGAAGAUUGAGGGUCCAGAGGAUGGACUGGAAGGAGGUACUGGAGGAAAAUUCAAAAUGCCUCACAUGAAAAUGCCACAUUUUGACAUCUCUAUGCCCAAAGGAAAGAUUGAAGGUCCAGAAUUUGACAUGCCUCACAUAAAAACUCCUGAUGUUGAUAUCACUCUGCCUAAAGGAAAGAUUGAAGGAAAAAUUGAAGGUCCAGAAGUCGAACUGGAAGUAGGUACUAGAGGGAAAUUCAAAAUGCCUCAUGUGAAAAUGCCAGAUAUUGAUGUCUCUCUGCCCAAAGGAAAGAUUGAAGGUCCAGAGGUGGAGCUCAAAGGGGAAGGUGGAAAAUUUAAGAUGCCCCAUCUCAGCAUGCCCUCUGUUGAUAUUUCUCUUCCAAAGGGAAAGGGGAAGAUUGAAGGUCCAGAGGUUGAACUGGAAGGAGGUGAAAGAUUAAAGGUCCUGAGGUGGAGCUUCAAGGGGAAAGUGGAAAUCGAAGAUGCCCCAUCUCAGCAUGCUCUCUCUCUGUUGGAUUUUUUCUCUUCCAGGAAAAUUGAAGGUCCGGAAGUCGAACUGGAAGGAGGAAAGAUUGAAGGUCCUGAGGUGGAGCUCAAAGGGGAAGGUGGAAAAUUUAAGAUGCCCCAUCUCAGCAUGCCCUCUGUUGAUAUUUCCCUUCCAACGGGAAAGGGGAAGAUUGAAGGUCCAGAGGGGAAGAUUGAAGGUCCAGAAGUAGAACUGGAAGGAGGUAGUGGAGGAAAUUUCAAAAUGCCUCACAUGAAAAUGCCAGAUAUUGAUGUUUCUCUGCCCAAAGGAAAUAUUGAAGGUCCUGAGGUGGAGCUCAAAGGGGAAGGUGGAAAAUUCAAGAUGCCCCAUCUCAGCAUGCCCUCUGUUGAUAUUUCUCUUCCAAAGGGAAAGGGGCAGAUUGAAGGUCCAGAGGUUGAACUGGAAGGAGGUACUGGAGGAAAAUUCAAAAUGCCUCACAUGAAAAUGCCAAAUAUUGACAUCUCUUUGCCCAAAGGAAAGAUUGAAGGUCCAGAAUUUGACAUGCCUCAUAUAAAAACUCCCAAUGUUGAUAUCACUCUACCUAAAGGAAAGAUUGAAGGUCCAGAGGUUGAACUGGAGGGAGGAACUGGAGGAAAAUUCAAAAUGCCUCACAUGAAAAUGCCAAAUGUGGACUUCUCUUUGCCCAAAGGAAAAAUUGAAGGUCCAGAUGUUGAACUUGAAGGAGGAACUGGAGGAAAAUUCAAAAUGCCUCAUGUGAAAAUGCCAGAUAUUGAUGUCACUCUGCCCAAAGGAAAGAUUGAAGGUCCUGAGGUGGAGCUCAAAGGGGAAGGUGGAAAAUUUAAGAUGCCCCAUCUCAGCAUGCCCUCUGUUGACUACUCUUCCAAAGGGAGAUUGAAGAUUGACAUCUCUUUGCCCAAAGGGAAGAUUGAAGGUCCAGAAUUUGACAUGCCUCACAUAAAAACUCCUGAUGUUGAUAUCACUCUGCCUAAAGGAAAGAUUGAAGGUCCAGAGGUCGAACUGGAGGGAGGAACUGGAGGAAAAUUCAAAAUGCCUCAGAUGAAAAUGCCAAAUGUGGACUUCUCUUUGCCCAAAGGAAAAAUUGAAGGUCCAGAAGUCGAACUGGAAGGAGGAACUGGAGGAAAAUUCAAAAUGCCUCAUGUGAAAAUGCCAGAUAUUGAUGUCACUCUGCCCAAAGGAAAGAUUGAAGGUCCUGAGGUGGAGCUCAAAGGGGAAGGUGGAAAAUUUAAGAUGCCCCAUCUCAGCAUGCCCUCUUUUGAUAUUUCUCUUCCAAAGGGAAAGGGGAAGAUUGAGGGUCCAGAGGAUGGACUGGAAGGAGGUACUGGAGGAAAAUUCAAAAUGCCUCACAUGAAAAUGCCACAUUUUGACAUCUCUUUGCCCAAAGGAAAGAUUGAAGGUCCAGAAUUUGACAUGCCUCACAUAAAAACUCCUGAUGUUGAUAUCACUCUGCCUAAAGGAAAGAUUGAAGGUCCAGAGGUCGAACUGGAGGGAGGAACUGGAGGAAAAUUCAAAAUGCCUCACAUGAAAAUGCCAAAUGUGGACUUCUCUUUGCCCAAAGGAAAGAUUGAAGGUCCAGAAUUUGACAUGCCUCAUAUAAAAACUCCAAAUGUUGACAUCACUCUGCCUAAAGGAAAGAUUGAAGGUCAAGUUGAACUAGAAGGAGGAACUGGAGGAAAAUUCAAAAUGCCUCAUGUGAAAAUGCCAGAUAUUGAUGUCUCUUUGCCCAAAGGAAAGAUUGAAGGUCCAGAGGUGGAGCUCAAAGGGGAAGGUGGAAAAUUUAAGAUGCCCCAUCUCAGCAUGCCCUCUGUUGAUAUUUCUCUUCCAAAGGGAAAGGGGAAGAUUGAAGAUCCAGAGGUUGAACUGGAAGGAGGUACUGGAGGAAAAUUCAAAAUGCCUCACAUGAAAAUGCCAAAUAUUGACAUCUCUUUGCCCAAAGGAAAGAUUGAAGUUCCAGAAUUUGACAUGCCUCAUAUAAAAACUCCCAAUGUUGAUAUCACUCUGCCUAAAGGGAAAAUUGAAGGUCCGGAAGUCGAACUGGAAGGAGGUACUGGAGGAAAAUUCAAAAUGCCUCACAUGAAAAUGCCAGAUAUUGAUGUCUCUUUGCCCAAAGGAAAAAUUGAAGGUCCUGAGGUGGAGCUCAAAGGGGAAAGUGGAAAAUUUAAGAUGCCCCAUCUCAGCAUGCCCUCUGUUGAUUUUUCUCUUCCAAAGGGAAAGGGGAAGAUUGAAGGUCCAGAAGUCGAACUGGAAGGAGGGAGUGGAGGAAAUUUCAAAAUGCCUCACAUGAAAAUGCCAGAUAUUGAUGUUUCUCUGCCCAAAGGAAAGAUUGAAGGUCCUGAGGUGGAGCUCAAAGGGGAAGGUGGAAAAUUCAAGAUGCCCCAUCUCAGCAUGCCCUCUGUUGACAUUUCUCUUCCAAAGGGAAAGGGAAAGAUUGAAGGUCCAUAUGUUGAACUGGAAGGAGAAUUUGACAUGCCUCAUAUAAAAACUCCCAAUGUUGAUAUCACUCUACCUAAAGGAAAGAUUGAAGGUCCAGAGGUUGAACUGGAGGGAGGAACUGGAGGAAUUGACAUCUCUUUGCCCAAAGGAAAGAUUGAAGGUCCAGAAUUUGACAUGCCUCAUAUAAAAACUCCCAAUGUUGAUAUCACUCUACCUAAAGGAAAGAUUGAAGGUCCAGAGGUUGAACUGGAGGGAGGAACUGGAGGAAAAUUCAAAAUGCCUCACAUGAAAAUGCCAAAUGUGGACUUCUCUUUGCCCAAAGGAAAAAUUGAAGGUCCAGAAGUUGAACUAGAAGGAGGAACUGGAGGAAAAUUCAAAAUGCCUCAUGUGAAAAUGCCAGAUAUUGAUGUCUCUUUGCCCAAAGGAAAGAUUGAAGGUCCAGAGGUGGAGCUCAAAGGGGAAGGUGGAAAAUUUAAGAUGCCCCAUCUCAGCAUGCCCUCUGUUGAUAUUUCUCUUCCAAAGGGAAAGGGGAAGAUUGAAGAUCCAGAGGUUGAACUGGAAGGAGGUACUGGAGGAAAAUUCCAAAUGCCUCACAUGAAAAUGCCAAAUAUUGACAUCUCUUUGCCCAAAGGAAAGAUUGAAGUUCCAGAAUUUGACAUGCCUCAUAUAAAAACUCCCAAUGUUGAUAUCACUCUGCCUAAAGGGAAAAUUGAAGGUCCGGAAGUCGAACUGGAAGGAGGUACUGGAGGAAAAUUCAAAAUGCCUCACAUGAAAAUGCCAGAUAUUGAUGUCUCUUUGCCCAAAGGAAAGAUUAAAGGUCCUGAGGUGGAGCUCAAAGGGGAAAGUGGAAAAUUUAAGAUGCCCCAUCUCAGCAUGCCCUCUGUUGAUUUUUCUCUUCCAAAGGGAAAGGGGAAGAUUGAAGAUAUUGAUGUUUCUCUGCCCAAAGGAAAGAUUGAAGGUCCUGAGGUGGAGCUCAAAGGGGAAGGUGGAAAAUUCAAGAUGCCCCAUCUCAGCAUGCCCUCUGUUGAUAUUUCUCUUCCAAAGGGAAAGGGGAAGAUUGAAGGUCCAUAUGUUGAACUGGAAGGAGGUUCUGGAGGAAAAUUCAAAAUGCCUCACAUGAAAAUGCCACAUAUUGACAUCUCUUUGCCCAAAGGAAAGAUUGAAGGUCCAGAAUUUGACAUGCCUCAUAUAAAAACUCCCAAUGUUGAUAUCACUCUGCCUAAAGGAAAGAUUGAAGGUCCAGAGGUUGAACUGGAGGGAGGAACUGGAGGAAAAUUCAAAAUGCCUCACAUGAAAAUGCCAAAUGUGGACUUCUCUUUGCCCAAAGGAAAGAUUGAAGGUCCAGAAGAACUAGAAGGAGGAACUGGAGGAAAAUUCAAAAUGCCUCAUUUGAAAAUGCCAUAUAUUGAUUUCUCUUUGCCCAAAGGAAAGAUUGAAGGUCCAGAGGUGGAGCUCAAAGGGGAAGGUGGAAAAUUUAAGAUGCCCCAUCUCAGCAUGCCCUCUGUUGAUUUUUCUCUUCCAAAGGGAAAGGGGAAGAUUGAAGGUCCAGAUGUUGAACUGGAGGGAGGAACAGGAGGAAAAUUCAAAAUGCCUCAUGUGAAAAUGCCAGAUAUUGAUGUCUCUCUGCCCAAAGGAAAGAUUGAAGGUCCAGAGGUGGAGCUCAAAGGGGAAGGUGGAAAAUUUAAGAUGCCCCAUCUCAGCAUGCCCUCUGUUGAUAUUUCUCUUCCAAAGGGAAAGGGGAAGAUUGAGGGUCCAGAGGAUGGACUGGAAGGAGGUACUGGAGGAAAAUUCAAAAUGCCUCACAUGAAAAUGCCACAUUUUGACAUCUCUUUGCCCAAAGGAAAGAUUGAAGGUCCAGAGGUUGAACUGGACGGAGGAACUGGAGGACAAUUCAAAAUGCCUCACAUGAAAAUGCCAAAUGUGGACUUCUCUUUGCCCAAAGGAAAAAUUGAAGGUCCAGAAGUUGAACUAGAAGGAGGAACUGGAGGAAAAUUCAAAAUGCCUCAUGUGAAAAUGCCAGAUAUUGAUGUCUCUCUGCCCAAAGGAAAGAUUGAAGGUCCAGAGGUGGAGCUCAAAGGGGAAGGUGGAAAAUUUAAGAUGCCCCAUCUCAGCAUGCCCUCUGUUGAUUUUUCUCUUCCAAAGGGAAAGGGGAAGAUUGAAGGUCCAGAAGUCCAACUGGAAGGAGGGAGUGGAGGAAAUUUCAAAAUGCCUCACAUGAAAAUGCCAGAUAUUGAUGUUUCUCUGCCCAAAGGAAAGAUUGAAGGUCCUGAGGUGGAGCUCAAAGGGGAAGGUGGAAAAUUCAAGAUGCCCCAUCUCAGCAUGCCCUCUGUUGACAUUUCUCUUCCAAAGGCAAAAGGGAAGAUUGAAGGUCCAGAGGUUGAACUAGAAGGAGGUACUGGAGAAAAAUUCAAAAGGCCUCACAUGAAAAUGCCAAAUAUUAACAUCGCUUUGCCCAAAGGAAAGAUUGAAGGUCCAGAAUUUGACAUGCCUCAUAUCAAAACUCCCAGUGUUGACAUCGCUUUGGCCAAAGGAAAGAUUGAAGGUCCAGCAUUUGAAAUGCCUCAGAUAAAAACUCGGGAUGUUGAUAUCACUCUGCCUGAACAAGAGAUAGACAUUCACAGGGAAGCUGACUUGCAUGUUAAGGGAGAACACAAAGGUAUGAAAUUUAAAAUGCCAUUAAUAGAUAUCAAAGGUCCACAUGGAGAUGUGGAGCUUGAUUUAGGACUUUAUAGGGGAGAUGACAAAAAGGACAAGAAAAAACUUGAACACCCCGACCUGCCUCUCAACACAACAGGAGCAUAUAGCAAAGUGAAAGGGCCUAAAGUCAAAGGAACAAAAUUCAACAUCGGAAUGCCAAAAAUGAAAACUGGCAAAGAUCUAUUAGCAGAAGCCAAAAUGAGCAAUGAGGAGUUAGGUGUUAAAAAUCACAAUGGACAGAAAGAGGACAAAGAUCAUAUUAACAUUGUAGUGCCAGAGGUUACGUUACCACAUGUUAGUGUAAAAACCAAACAAAGGUCAGCUAACCUAGAAACAAGAGGAGAAGUUCCAGAAGUCCCCAGGAUUCCAGACAUAGACUUUGAUAUUGGUCCAUCACAAGAUGAAGAAUAUGACAAAACAGAAAAAGGCAACAAAAUCAAAAUUCCAAAGUUUGGCGUUCCAUUACCUUCCAUUUCCUCACCUGAAGGAAGAAUGUUUGGGCCAGAGGUUCGGUAUGAGGGCCCCAAAAUGCCAAAAGUAAAGAAAGCAGUUUUUGUCUUGGUCAAUCCUUCCCAAUCAGAUGAAACUUCUCCAUACACAAGAUUUUUAGAGGAGCAGACAACAGCCGGGUAUGAUUCAGAGGAUGUCAAAGUGAAGUUACCCAAAAUAAAAAUGAAGCCAGACUUUAGGAAGGCCAAAGAUAAGUCAGCUGGUGUGAGCACAGAGAUAGAGUGGGGAGGAAAGGAGAAGUCACAGGGAGUGUCAUUUUAUUCUGACAAAUCUAAGCCAUUUGAUGUCAGUCUCAAGGGAGAAGAUUCAAGACUUAAAGAUGCAAUUCCUCACAAGGACUCAUGGGACAAUAAAGGGACAUUCAGUGGUAAUAUCAAACUUCCAAAGGUGGAGUUCACCAGUCCAUAUGGCAAGAUGGCUGCUGAGGAGGAGGAGACUGAAAUGAGAGUGAAACUAGAAAAGGGUUCAUCAACAGCAGAAGUGGGAGGAGAUGCAAAAGAGCUUACAUUGAAAUCAGACAAGGCAGCUUUUGCUGGUUUAACCAGUGAGUCUUCGAUGGAUGUGGUGUCAUCUCAUGCCAGAACAGAGAUGUUGGAUAGGGACAGUUCGGAAUCCCCUGAAGGUUCUGCAAUGGAGUUCAGGUCAACUGAGGUCCGGGUUUGGAGUGAGAUGGAGAGCACAGAGUCUGAAGAUAGAGAGUUUUCUUCCUGGUUUAAGGCCCCUAAAUUCCUUAAGCCACACUCCACAGGCUUCCUCCAGAUAACCCCAGAGGGUUCUCCUCAGGCCCAGCGGGAGGGGGAGGUGGGAGGUGUGGACGAUGUCGUGGGAUCCUUCUGCUUCCACAGCUCAGGGCUCGACUUCACCACACUGGCAACAUCAGAGGAGCACCAAGAGUCUGCUACGGAGGUGGGAAGUGUCACCACUAUGACCAAGACCACCAGAAUCACCAAGCACAUGGUUACCACAGAAACACGAACAGGGGAAUCUUCGACAACCAAAACAACAACUCGGCAGGAGCCUAACUACUGAGGAUGCUGUAAUAAUGUCUGUUAUGUCUUCUUUGUUUUUCUUUGAUGAGGUUGCAGUGUUUUUGUAAGCUAAGCCUCCUGUCUUCAUAUUCUGUGAGUUAAAGUAUGAACAUGAUGAACAGCAAUGGUAUUUCAUUGACCAGCAAUAUCAUCAUAAUCAUAGCAACUAGUUAUGUAUACUUCCCUCUUUCAUUUUAAAUGUUUUUGUUACUGUUCUUUAAUUUGUGUCUUGUUUAGACCGGCAUAUUUAUCAGGUUGUGUUUGUUUUUAAAAGUUUGAUGCUGAAUGUCAACAUUAUUUAUUGUUGUUUGUGUGACAUUGAAAUAUGCUGGAAAGAUUCAUUUACAGCUUCAUGGAUUUGACCAUGAUUUUAUGGUGAGGUCAUUUAAGUAAUUUGAAACCUCAACAGUACAGGCCAGACAAAUAUUGAUGUAAAUACAAAUAUAGUUUAUGAUAUGCUUUAAGAGUAGUAGCCUUUCCAUCUGAUUUGUACUAAUUUUGAUAUUCACCAAAGUCAGGAGUAGAAAUUACAUAUAUAUUUUAUGAUUUUUUUUUUUAAGCAUUUAUUGUAGUUGGUGCUUUUAUUCAGAGAUUGUUGCAGGUUGUACUCCAUCUACUGUGGAGAUCAAACCUGUGACCAUAUGGUUACAGGUUGAAGGAUUCAACCUGCUGCUAAUCUCAUUUAUAAUAAUGUUUUUACUGUAUACUGCCAGAAAACAACACCACUGUAUAUUUUGUGAUGACUGAGGCUUUGGCCUCAAGAUAAAGAUGCUGAGUGAUGCUGAUGUUUUCAUGGCGUGUUUGAACACACUGAUAGCAGGCAGGGAAGAAUGUAUGGCUGCUGUUUGAAAGUUAAAACCAUCAACCUUUUUUUUUCUUGGCUGCUACAAUGACACACUGAUGAAGGUGUGGCGAGUCUCGAGCUUGUUCACCAUCAUGUAAAUAACAGAAAGAGAAAGUAGAUAUGAAGUAAGUAGAAAGAGUGAAAUCGUAUGAUAAAAUGCAUGAAGACGUUCUGACAAAGCCACUCUGUAUUUUAUGCAUUAACAUAAAAUGCUUCACCUUUAGCAGGUGAGAAAUAGAUUUUUUUUUGUUAAAGCUGGGAAGAGAGUAAAGACAGUAGUGAUACUUCAUGAUAACACAGAGUAGCCUCUAGGUUUUCUUUUAAUUUUCUGAUUUAAUCAUGUGCAUUUAUUUCAAAUAAUAAGAGGAUUUCACUGCUAAGUGGUUUUGUCAAAGAAUGUGCUGGAAAGAAUGUUGGUUAAUAUGUUAUAUCAAUAAAAUAAUAUUUCCAAAUGAAAAA